AUGCCUCCCCGGAAGCAGUGGAUCGACAAGAAAAACGCAACCACCUACCAACUCUUCCACCGCUCCCAACAUGACCCUCUCAUCCACGACCCCAGCGCCGACGACCGCGUGCUCGCUCCGGUGUCCGGCCCUGCCCCUACCAGCAGCGCCGCCGCCGACGCCCACCGGGGCCAGAACCUGGCGACGCUGACCCAGCAAUUCGGCCCCGGCGCCGUCCGCAAGAACGAAGGCGAGGCGGCCAACUACGGCAUUUUCUACGACGACACCAAAUAUGACUACAUGCAGCACCUGCGAGAGCUGGGGACUGGCGCCGGGGACGCGCACUUCGUCGAGGCCAAGAACAACCAGGCCGCCUCAGGCAACAAGGGCAAAAUGAAGCUGGAGGAUGCGCUGCGGCAGGUGUCGCUAGACGACGGGCAGAGUAGUGAGUUCGGGGGCAGCUACGCGCCCAGCGAGAUGCGGUCGACGGCAACGGCGUUCUCGCGGAAGCCCACCUACCAGGACCAGCAGAACGUGCCGGAUGCGAUCGCGGGCUUCCAGCCGAACAUGGACCCGCGGCUGCGCGAGGUGCUAGAGGCGCUGGAGGAUGAGGAGUACGUCGACGAGGCGGACGAUGACGAUCUGUUCGGGCAGUUGACCACGCGGGCGGAGGAGAUGGACCAGGGCGACUGGGAGGAUACCCUUUACGAUGAUUUCGAUGAAGAAGAUGAUGAGGGGUGGGAGUCGGACGCGACGGAGAAGGCGCCCGUGCAGACGGACACGACGGCCGCUAAGGCGCAGUACGAAAAACGAGCUGCAGCCGGGGCCGGCGGCGAUGCGGAGGAGAUGAUGCCGGAACAUGACGCCCCGGCGCCGGACAUGCACCCCGAGGAUCAGGGCUGGAUGCGCGAGUUCGCCAAGUUCAAGAAGGACGUCAAGGCCGGCGUCGCCAAGCCCGCCGUGCCCGCCGCCGCCCCUAGUGUCGUGCCCUCCGAGCAGCAGAGCACGCUGGCGUCGACGGUGUUCACGGUCGGCGGCACGCCGAUCCGUCGCAAGAAGCGCAAGGGUGCCCUGACGAACCCCUCGGCGUACUCGAUGACCUCAUCGGCCCUGGCGCGCACCGAGGGCCACCGGCUGCUGGACGAUCGCUUCGAUCGCGUGGAGCAGCUGUAUGCGCUGGACGAGGAGGAUGAGUUCGACGACAGCAUGUCCAUGGUCAGUGGCAUGACCGGCAUGACUGCCAUGACCGGCAUGUCGGCCAUCUCCGAGGCCCCCAGUCUGGUCGAUGCCAAUGGGCAGACGGUCAACCCCCGCCACAACUUCACUUCGGUCAUGGAUGACUUCCUCGCCGGCUGGGAUGACAACACCGGGUCCCAGGCCAAGCGCAAGGGUGUCAAGUACAAGCGCGGUAAGCACGGCAACGAGGCCAUCGGCAUCCGCAUGCUGGAUGAGGUGCGCCAGGGCUUGGGCCCGGCGCGUCUGGGUUCUUCGGGACGAGUCCCUGGACGGGCGUAA